UGGACGCGCGUCCCACGAUAGCAUCUCCUGUGUUCUUCUGAAACCGGACUCUCUUGGUUCAACGCCAUCUGUUGGCGAAAAUUGGCACCUGAAAGUUUUCGUGAAAUCGUAUGGAGCUACGGAAAAGGCCAUCAUGACGGCUAACGGAAAACUGGAUAAAAAUGCGAAGAACGAUCCGUCGAUAGCAACACUCGACGAGGCGAUGUUAAUGACUGGAUUCGGAAUCUACAACAUCCUGCAUAUGCUGCUGAGCGGGCUGGUACUGAUGGGGGUGAUAAUGCAGAGCCUGGUGAUGGGCUACGUGCUGCCGGCCGCGCAGUGCGACCUGCACCUCACCCUGGGCCAGCGGGGGUGGCUCGCGGCUAUACCCUUCCUAGCUAUAAUCCUGACAUCGUACUUCUGGGGAUGGCUGGCGGACACCCGCGGAAGGCGCUUCGUCAUGCUUAUCUCCAUGAUGGUAUCUGCGGUCUUCUCCGUGCUAGCUAGCCUCGCACCGGAGAUCAUCUCGUUCGGCCUUCUCUCCUUCUGCUCGUCUAUUUUCAUGUCGGGCCCGUCGGCUGUCGUGUACACUUACCUCGGCGAGUUCACCAACCUGAGGCAUCGGGACAAGAUGGUGGCCUUCGGAUCUUCCUUCGUGGGGAUCGGGACUGUUGUACUGCCAGCGGUAUCCUGGCUUAUCCUGCCAUUGGAGUUUUCCCUCCCAGUGCCAUUGCUGGACAUCGCAUACCGUCCUUGGAGGCUUCUUAUAGUAGCUUGUACGCUGCCAUUCGUCUUGGGCACAUUGUUCCUACUCGUCGCUCCGGAAAGUCCCAAGUUUUUAAAUGCAUCGGGUAAAUCUGAAGAGUGCCUGGUAGUUCUAAGGAAGAUUUAUGCGGUUAACAGAAGGCUACAUGAGGAUACUUAUCCGGUGAAAACAUUAGUAUCUGAGGCUCACACUACGAAGUCCAAUGAUAGUAAAGGUGUGGCUGCAAUCCUCACGUCAAUGAGAGAACAGACAGCACCGCUGUUCCGUUUGCCGUUACUGCCCUGGACGUGUCUCACGUGUUUCGUGCAGUUUGGAAUAUUCGCUACCACAAACGGCUUCUACAUCUGGUUUCCCACAAUCCUGAACUCCCUCGCCAACCACAAGGGCGUCGAGACCAGGAUAUGUGCAGUGCUCGACGCUAGCCAUACGGACUCAGCGAACGCUGGAAAUGGGACGCAGAUCUUAUGCGAUGACACCAUGAACACCGCGACCUUCGAGAUGUCAAUCUACAUCGGGCUAGUGUUCUGCUCGAUGUACAUCCUGGUCGGCUUCCUCGUCGAUUUUCUGGGCAAGAAGCUCAUCCUCGUGGUACUGCUAGCUAGUACAGGAUUAUGUGGGAUUGCGGCCCACCACGCUGUCAACCAGCAGCUGGCGGUCGCCCUGUUCGCGAUAUUCCAAAUGUGCGGCGCGUGCAUCGGCCUCAUGAAUGCUGUGACAGUGGAGCUGUUUCCUACCAAGUACAGGGCAAUGGCCGUGUGUCUCUCCAUGAUGAUGGGUCGUGUGGGCUCGAUGGCGGGCUCAAAGCUCAUCGGCCUGUUCCUCACCAUCAACUGCGGCGCGAGCUUCUACCUCUUCGGCUCCAUUGUUAUAGUGUGCUCAAUAUGCUGUCUCACUCUGCCGAGAAGGAACAGCGGACCAAUCGAGAAGCACAAAAGCGACGCGACCCAAUACCAAACUCACGAACCUGCAUGAGGAGAAAAAUAAACUUAUCGGGUAUUCUCGGAUGUUGUCGGAAAUUACCGACGAUCGUCGGGUAUUUCUGAUUUUGUAUACAUAUCUAUCGUGAAUAGAGGCUGUGGAAAUACUAUAUCGUUGCUUAUGAAACCAGUUGAAUCGCUGAUUUCGUAUGGCAGACCCAAUGUACAUAAUUAACCGUUAUAAGAUCCUUUUCAUCACUCGUAUCUAUUUUUGAAAAUAAGCCUUUCAGCACGGCUAGCGUAGGCAGGAGACCAUUAUAUCUCCGGGAAAAGGAUAAAAAAUUAUCUUCUCCCACAGCUUUAUCAACUCUCAGAGCACCGACGCACUAGUGGAAAUAAUAUCGAAAUAAUGUAUGUGCAAUAUUAAAAAGGGGUAAACUUCUCCUAUUCCAUGUCCCCGUGCUUUAGCAGGUGGACACGUAAAUUAUAUUCCUUGUAAGGGGAUAUAAACGGGGGAUAUAAUUUUUAUCUCCUGUCCGUGCUAGCCCUGCAGACUUACAUAGCUGACAUUCAAUUCCUUUAUUUUUUUGUUCAAUAAAAAGCAAUAGUCAUUCCCGUUUAUUAUAAAAACUAGCUUCCGAUACGUGAUAGUAAACUUUCAGGAAAAUCGAAGCAAACGCACAAACACACACAAACUUUUAACACACGCAUUUACUUUGCCCGUUUGUGGGUAGUUUUUUAAGUAAUAGAAUAAGACGAACUGUGAUAAUUUUUAACAUGAUUGUAUAUAUUUUAUUGUAAGUUUAAUUGUGUUAUUGUAGAUUCUACAUAAUUACUAGUUUGGCCUACGGACAUCAUAUAAACUCGACAUCUACUCGACUUAAAUAAAUGCAUUGAAAUGUGAGCUGUGAUUGUGCAUCACGAGACAUAAAGAUUUUUGAAGUAAAACUUCUUUAGGCGCGACUAGGGAGUAACUCAGAUUUUUUUCUGACGGAAGUAACUAACGCUUACGUCGUCGUCGUAAUAAUUUGGAUUGGUCGCAAGUAUAUGUCAUUUUACGAUUAUUUAAUUACAAUAUUUUCAAACGAAUCAAUUGUGAAUAAAAAAGUGAA